AUGGAGGUCAGACUGCAAACCCAGCCUAAGCCGCAGCCUGGUCAACCUCCGCUCUAUUCUGGGACCUUUGACUGCUUCAGAAAGACUCUCGUCGGAGAGGGAGUCCGAGGCUUAUAUAGAGGAAUGGCAGCUCCUAUUAUCGGAGUGACACCCAUGUUUGCUGUGUGCUUCUUUGGAUUUGGCUUGGGAAAAAGACUCCAACAGAGAAAACCUGAUGACAUUUUGACAUAUCCUCAGCUGUUUGCUGCUGGCAUGUUGUCGGGAGUGUUCACCACAGUGAUCAUGGCUCCAGGAGAGAGAAUCAAGUGCCUUUUACAGAUCCAGGCAGCUACAGGUGAAACUAAAUACAGUGGCUCUUUGGACUGUGCAAAACAGCUGUACCGCGAGGCUGGGAUUCGUGGCGUGUACAAGGGGACAGUGCUUACCCUCAUGAGAGAUGAGUUUUAACUUUUUUUUUCUUUUUUUUUUUUUUUUCCUUUUCUUUUUCCUCCCACCCCACCCCAAUCCUGCCACAGUGUGAGUGACCUCAGUGUGCCUAGGAUCCUCUUCGCUGGGGGCCUGGCUGGGAUCUUCAACUGGGCAGUUGCCAUUCCACCAGACGUGCUGAAAUCCCGUUUCCAGACUGCUCCUCCAGGAAAAUACCCAAAUGGCUUUAGAGAUGUGCUGAGAGAACUUAUCAAAGAGGAAGGAGUUGCAUCUCUGUAUAAGGGCUUCACAGCUGUAAUGAUCAGGGCAUUUCCCGCUAACGCGGCAUGUUUUCUUGGUUUUGAAGUUGCUAUGAAGUUUCUUAACUGGAUUGCACCAGGCCUAUGAAGACUAGGAAGUCUUUGGAAAUCAGAGAGGAGAAGGAAGAGAGUGCAAGUCUGCCUCAAAGGAAUAAACGAAUGAUCACUUGACGUUUCAGGAAUGAUUGCUUGCCUAAUACCUUUCUGCCUUCCUCACAUUCUUUAGGUGGUGCUAUGUGCCGUUCAGAAAUGUAAGCUGUAGCUCUGAAACAGAGUUGAUGAGGAGUUAGAGGUGAUACACCUGUCUUCUGAGCCAAUGUACCACAGCAGUAACGCUGCUAACAGACCGCUGUCACUGUUACACACACUACCUUAAGUACUUCCUCAUGGAAGAAGGGGACACUUCUUAAAAUGUAAUUCUUUAUUUACUGAAGAAACAUGUAGCUAUUAAUGCUGAAAACCUUCCUUAAAAUAAUUGUUUGGCAGUGUGUACUUAACUCUCAGGGCAUGAGUUAGCAGCUGCACAGACUAGUAUCUACAAACAAUGUCAGAUAGCAUUCUCAUCUCUUGCGGUUUUUUAGUUGUGGCUAUUUCUAUGUUGACAGAGGUUUUAAUCUUACGUGCAUGUAAUGCAGCAAACACAGAACUAAGCAGGGGAGGCCACAGCUACGUAUCAGUGGGUUGAGGGGUAUUACAGAUACCCUAUCGGAUCUCGCACACUGAUCUUUUCUGUGGAACUAGGAGGAAAAAUGAAUUAUGCUUAACAUUUGUACUAAGCUUUACUGAGGCAGCCAGUGGGGAAAUGCGUUUGAUCCUGAACUUUUCUCUGAAAUCCCUUUCUGUCCCACUGAAGAUAUCCCAAAUGCGAUUUCAAAAGUACAGCAUGAUUCAUAGCAACCUGUGAUAUAUUUGAUUCAUCGCAUGCCGUGUCCUGGGAUUCAGUGCCUGAUCUGAGAAAAUUUAACAGCACUUCCAAGAACUCAGUUUCUCUGACACGAGGAGGAUACGUGAAGGGGACACCGGCUGUGCAGUCUUGUCUAACUUUAUUCUUGCUCUUGUUCCUUGGUUUUCUCUUAUUAUCAUUAAACAUAACCAUAUUUUCAUUUGAGAAAUGACUAAUGCUAAGAAGCAAAAAGCAACUUUAAUUUCUUUUGGUUUUGAUGCGGAGUUAUUAGAACCCCAAUAAGCUAGCUGCUGCUUGGC